GAAAGAGUAGAACAGAGGGGUUGAUGCUACUCUCUCCAGUUAGUUCAUAAUCAUUCUCCAUCACACACCCCUCUAAAUUCAUUUUCAUUCUUCUUAUCAGUUACUUUAAUUCUUUUUUUAAUAUUAUCAUGCUUUGACUGUAAUAUUUUUAUUACUAUCAUUCAAUUAAUUUAUACCAUUAAUCUAGUGUUUCUAGAUUCGGUCAAAUACAAAAAAUUCCGUUUCUACUUUCUAGAUUCGGUUUCUCAGUUAUAAAUUUCUCUACCAUUUAGGGUUUUUGCCUCUUUGAUUCAUCAUACUCAAUUUCUAGGUUUUUUCUUUCUUUUCUACUGAAGCUGCUGUGUAACAGAACCAUCGCAGUUUAUCAUUCUUGCUCACAAAAACAAGGUAAUGAAUCUAUUAUAAAGUGUAAAGUGGAGUUGUAGCAAUGUUGGGUGUGAAUUGUAGCAAUGGAUUUCUCCACUUAGCUCAAUGGCACCCUUUGGAAUGUUAGCAGCUUGAUUAGGGUUUUGAAGUUCACUUCCUUUCUUUGAAAUCAGAUUUUCAAUUUUUAUUUUUCCUGGAAGAUUUUUCAAUCAACUUAAGGUCUAAGUUCAAGAUGUUUGAUAAGGCUCUUUCUUAUAUAAAAGCUAUUUUGUGCUGUAACUGCUUCGGGUUUAUCAACAGACGGAACCCUCAAAGGGGUACGCCUGCCAUCUACAAUAGUACUCUCUCCCAGGGGCUGUUGUUGGAUAGUGAUUUCGAUGAUGAAGAUUCCUUCUUUAAUGAUGAGAUUACUAACUACUCUAGUGGAGAGGAUAAUGAGGAGCAAAUUCGUCCCAAACGAUCUGAGGAUAUUUUGGAUUUUAGAGUAGAGAAUGGUAUGAUUUGUAGACAGUUUCCUGUUAAAGAGACUCACAAAGUUGUUCGCACAGAGGAUGAAGAUGGAAACAAGAUGAUAAAUGAGUAUGUUCGUGAGUACAAGAUUGGUUCUGGUAGCUAUGGGAAAGUGGCUCUUUAUCGAAGCUCUGUUGAUGGAAAACAUUAUGCAAUUAAGGCUUUUCAUAAGUCUCAUUUAAUGAAGCUUCGAGUUGGACCUUCAGAAACAGCCAUGACUGAUGUUCUACGUGAGGUUUUCAUUAUGAAAAUGCUGCAACAUCCUAAUAUAGUCAACCUGAUUGAGGUGAUUGAUGACCCAGAAUCGGAUAACUUCUACAUGGUACUUGAAUAUGUGGAAGACAAAUGGGUUUGUGAGGCUUCAGGUCGAGCUUGUGCCUUGCGUGAAGAGACUGCUAGGAGAUACUUGCGGGAUAUAGUUUGUGGAUUAAUGUAUCUCCAUGCUCAUAAUAUAGUACAUGGAGAUAUCAAACCUGAUAAUCUGUUGAUCACCCGUCAUGGUACAGUGAAGAUAGGGGAUUUCAGUGUCAGCCAGGCUUGUGAGGAUGAUAAUGAUAUGCUUCGACGAUCACCUGGAACUCCUGUUUUCACUGCACCUGAAUGUAUUUUAGGUGUUACCUACAGUGGUAAAGCUGCUGACACAUGGGCUGUAGGAGUUACUUUAUACUGUAUGAUAUUGGGUGAAUACCCUUUUCUUGGUGACACACUUCAAGAUACAUAUGAUAGAAUAGUCAAUGAUCCGAUAGUACUCCCAAAGAAUCUGAAUCCGAGGUUGAAGAACUUAAUUGAAGGACUACUUUCUAAAGACCCAAAACUAAGGAUGACGUUGGCUGAUGUUGCGGCGGAUAGCUGGGUUAUUGGAAAUGAUGGGCCAAUUCCUCAGUACCUGUGUUGGUGUAAAAGGAAGAACUUGUUGAAGGAAGACAAUGAUGAGAGCAACCAACAUGCUUCGUUGACCUAUACUGACUGAAUUUAUUCUUAGGUUACAUUUGUAUAUUUACAGUGGAAACCUCAGAUAUUGUUUUGUUCCUUGCUGUACACCAGAAUGGUUUGAUGAUAGAGGUAGGCUUGAAAUAGGGUUAAGAUUUGAGAAAAUAUGCCUCAUGUUUGAGCAAAGGGAUGUUGUUGUUUUUUUGGUUGUUGAGAUGAUUUUAUGUCUGGAAACAUUUGAAGUUUUGUACAAGCAUCUGCUUGUAGGCAUAUAUAUUACAGAACCUGAAUCUAUACUCCAAUAUCCUGCUGGUUGUUUUGUUA